UUAUGUAGAGAGCUGAUACCUAGGUACUAGAUUGCAAUUGAAUUUUCCUGGCUCCCAACUGUGUGUUGACAUGGUUUGAAAUUUUCUCGUUUUUUGUAUGCACUUGGGGGUAGAAGAGUACGUAAUUUAAUUUCAAAGUACUGUUAGAGGGUAGGUAACCCUUUAGCGACCAACCGUUUGCAAUUCAAGUACAUAUUCCGUUUUAUUGCUUGUCGUAGUUCUCUAGAAUGUUUCAUUAGAUGUUACCAUUACCGCAUACACAAUGCUGUUUUUUUUAAGAAAUUAUAUAGCUAUAAUUUCAAGGAAAAAUUAUUAAGGAACUGAAGGACAAUAUAAUGUGGCUUGCGCAAGUUUGUAUUCUGACAGAGUUUUAAUAACUUGGUGGUAGGGGUGGCACGAAGCUUUGCAUUUUUUAAGAUUUUCAUGGAUUUAUACAAAAGUUUGUUAUCCCAUCAAAUAUUGCCAAAAUGAAGCCAGAAUCGACACUUUGAUCGGAGGUUUUCAAUUCAGAUUUAAAUUUGUAAAACGUUUGAAAUUCUACGUUAAAUUAACACGUUUCGCUCAGUCUGCAACCCCAUACUUUUCCAGUCCCUGCCCGACAUGUACGAAAGUGCACAUAAGCAAGCAUAUGCAUAUUCUAUAACGCAUCUUAUCACUGCAGGCGCUUACAAUCGAUGUUGAAAAACUCGAUUGCAUGUCCUCAACGGCACGAACAUCGGACACCACCCUCGCCUCAAGUUCAAUGUUUGAGUUCGAACCUUGAUUGCUACACUGCUAGCUAUGUAUGCUCACCGUCACCACAACCGUCCGGUGCAAUUCACGUGCUUCGAUAUUGGCAGGGUGUAGAGUAACAUGUGCACAAUUUACUUGCAAAUCGAAUUAUGAUUCACUGCGACUGCACUACCGCAGCAGCAAGCUUGGUUUAUAUGCAAUUGCUACUUGUACGCUCUUGUAGGUAUUAAUAUCGCACGUCCGACCGCGGUGCAGCAAUUUUCCAUGCAUGCGUUUAAGUAUUUCAAAGUGGCGGACAUGAUAGUAAAACUCAGAGAUAAAUAUAUGUAACACUUGUAAUAUUAUUUAUUGGAAAAUAACCACAGAUAUACGAACGUCCAAUGCAACAUACUGUUGGUCGAUUCACGACUAGAUGGCGGUAGUGUUCAAACGUCAGACUUUAAUUAAAGCGAUGCGAGUGCCACGAGAGGCCAAAUGUUUUAAUCAAUCGAUAAAUUGCUAUAGAAUUAAGAUAAUUCGUGUGUUGUAUCUGUUUGUUCGUGGAAAUAAAAGUAUGGGUGACGCUGAUGGGCAUAUUGAAAUAUGAUUUUCGACACGAUACCUGGUGCGGUCGUGAAAAUUGUAUGCUUUGUGGUGGGAAUGAGUUAACUAUUUAUGAAUACAUAGCCAUGUAUAAUGAAUUCAAUUGUCUGAAACUGGAUCCGGUGUUCUGAUCAUAUGAUAAUCAAAGAUUUUUUAAACCGUAUGAGUUUAACGUAAGCCUAAGAUCUAAAAUUCAAAAUUUUAUUUAUAAACUCGAAAAAGAAAUGCGAGAGACAUUUACAUGACCUGAAGGGAAAUUUUCCACACAGCUGGAACUUGCACUGAGUUUUCAAUCUUCUGUAUUUUGGAAAGUAGGCAGAGCGCUGCUAUUCAAAAUGCGCUUCCUGAUAACCGUUUGAAUAAACAUUUCUGAAGAUGUAUGACUAACUUUCUAGUGAAUCCUUAAGCAUAAGAAAAUAGGUUGAUUCAUCUUGAUCAAACUCUUAGCAUUAGCAUUAUAGCAUUAGCAUUGGCAUUAAGCGAGUCGCACAAAUUCGUAGGUGGUACAGUCCCAGACCGCUGUUAUGAGGGUUGCUUCCUCCCUGUCCGAACCAAAGCACAAAGAUUUGGGGCUAAUCUCUGACUCUUACACAAGACUGACGCAAUCCUCCAAUGAUCGAGAACUGCCCUGGCCACGUCCUUGCGACUGCUGAGGAAUAGGAAAUUCUGGUUAGUUGGACACCUGAGAAAGAUGUAGACAGCUCAUGAGACAGCUCUACGAUCUCUCUGACCUAGGUGUCACGGGAAUUUGGGUGUUGUUAGUGGAAGAAUAAACUCCAAAGCAAAAGUUUGGUUAACGUUUAGGCACACCAAAUAUUUUCAGACUGCUUCGAAUUAUCCUGGUUCCAUCGUCAUCUUUAUGGCAUUGCUGGUUGGUUGAAUUAUUUGAUUCUUCGGUUCGGUAAAUCUGAUAUAUAAAAUAAUAUUAACAUCUUACGUCGAAUAAGCUACAUAUCAGUGAUACGCUCGUAACAGUUAUUUUUACAAUAUUAUAAUAUCAUAUUAUUUUUAUCAUAGGAUAAAUUUACCUGAUACUUACUGAAACGAAAUGUUAAUCAGCAGUAAAAUUUAAAACAUAUUACACAAACAUCAAAAAUUUAAUCAAACUUUGAUCUUUAAAUGUGUACAUAUAAACUAUGCCUGGUUACUUUAGACAGGGAAAUCUUCUUCUUCUUCUUUAUGGCUCUACGUCCUCACUGGGACUUGACUUGCCUCGCUUCUACUUAGUGUUUUUUGAGCACUUCCACUUAUUAAUUGAAGGGCUUUCUUUACCCGCCAUUGCAUGAAUUUGUGUAUAUUGCAGGCCUGGUAGCGAGUCACUAAAUAUUUAGUGACUUGGUUACUAUUUAUGUGCAAGUCACUAUUUUCAAGACUUUUCUACUGAAGUCACUUUUUCUGUUGAAAAGUCACUAUUUUCAACUAUUUUCAUCGUCCUGAAAUCUUGCCAGUAAGUAGAACAAGAGUUGAUAUCUAAACUAGUGUCUAAAGCUAUGUGUUAUUGGUGACAAUUCAAUGUCUAGUCCAUAAAGGUAUACGCAAAUUCAUUAAUCGCCUUUAUAGAGUAACUUAUUAGUGCAUUUUUUACAUAUGAUUCAUGUGACUACACUUCAAACAGGAGUUAGUAGUGCUAUUCUCGAAAAAAAAUCUGCUGUUUUUUUUCUAUAAAUUACUGGCAAAUUACUUAGACAUUUUUAGAACUAUUGAUGAAACUCUUGGAGUUUACGUUAAAAUGUUCAGUGAGCAUGCUGAAAGCAUUGUGUUUCUUUAUGCAUAUGUAAGAACUUGCAAGAUCUUCCAUAUGAUAUUGUGGUGCAGUUUCUGAAAGAAAUUCAGACAGAUUUCGUGGGCCUGAUAAAAUUCUAUAAAAAAAAAAUCAAAAAAUACAGUUCUGAAAAAGUGUGGUUUUUUAAUCUGUUUAGAAUAUCUGUUUUUACAUAGUUUUUUAUAGUUUUUUACAGUACUCCUCACCUAUUUUCUAAAAAAAAUACCUUUAAAAACGAAAGAAUAAUUCUGCAUUCGGAAAAUAUCUGUUGGUGAGUCUUUCGGUAUGUUUUUGUAGUCCUCUUUGAGAUAUCUCCGAGAUGAUACCUCCCAAAAAUCUGCAGAAAAAUAUUUGAUUUGUUUCAGGAGACCGUAAAAUAAACACUUUUUUAUUCAAAGAAAACCUUCUCCAGGACUUUUCCCAGAGAUAAAUCGACAAAGUCCUUCUAAAAUGACUCUACAUUUUUUUUCCUAGGAUCAACCCAAAGUCGAGAACAUGGCUGUGCUGUGUCAGGCGCAAUCGGAUCAACAUAUUUUCUCUCGUAUCCAAUUAGAUCUGAGGAAAGGAACGAUAUAUCAGGUAUCAGGUAUCAGAAGGCCGGCUCCAGAGGCACGUUAUCCUCCAUUUGGGACAUUUGUGCCAUCGCCAUACAUAUAAGCCUAUUUCAUCAUUUACCUGAGGGAAUGGGACAAGGGAUGGAAUGGGAUUAGGAAAGGGAAAGGUGAUGAAAUAGGAAGGGGUGCCCUAGAAGAGGGAAUGAAUGCAUAAGCGCAAGGAGAGCUCAUAGCUCAUUGGAGGUAGCUUGUGACGUCAUGCAACUUUCAAUAUGACAUUGAAAGGCACAUCAUCGAAAGCAUCCUCAAUAUUCAAGAAAUCACUCAAGCAAAAACUACGUUUGAAAGAGUACUUUCUUGAAAACGUAUACAACUUUGUGUAAAAGAGUCACUGUGGACAUCCCAAAUUCGGACGCAUGUGAGUUCACAUGAAAAGGCAUGUCAGCCAGACGAACAUCACAGAUGUGAUAAUCGACAAUGCGUUUCAAGCAUUUCAGAAAGAACGAGGUAACCAGAUGAAUCUGGAACUCAUUCCUUCUUUAUACAACGCACGCACCCUUUCGGGAUAAAACUAUGGAGUAAUUUCACGCCAUGAAAAUACCCAAUAGCAAACUACAAGAGUUCCAAACAUGUUUGAUAUACUCAAAUCCUUUUGGAGAAAAAUAGGACAAACCCCAAUUUGCACCUGGAGAUUUGAAGUAAGCAGAGCUUUUUAGGGCCCACUAAGUCGAUUAUAUAGCUAUAAUUCUCAAGCGAAAACUAGAGAUUCGUAACUAUACAAAAUAAUGGGUUAUCCGAAGAUAUUUUGAACUUGAACAGAUCAGAGUUCCAUUCAGGAAUACCUCUUGCGGUCCGCACAGACCGCAGAGGACAAGCUUCUUUUAAAGCAAUAGUUAUGGUAUACCAUAAUGGAGGGCAUUGUAGGUACAAAAUCAUAGUGAAACUCUCUUAGAGUAGCAAUGGAAGCGAGUUAUCCAUAAAAUGUGGUUGCAACCAAUUAGUACAGGUUCCCUAGUUUGUUGAGCAGGGUCGCCUGAAUACGCACAUUUUGCGAAAGAACACUCAAAAGUGCAAAGGUCACAUGGAGACUCCUCAUCUGACACAUGCCAAUCAGUCAACUUAUGAGAUGGGUUAGGUGCAAUUCUAUGUUAAGUUAUCCAUGAACUGUACUACCUAAGUAAUCCAUCCAACUGAAGCAUCUCAAAUUAAUGUUUGAGCUACUUCAGAUGAUGUAAUCAUCGUAGCAAUACUGCCAAAUACCAGCGAAAAGAUGCUGAAUACAAGAGCUUGCUUGAAGUCAUCAAUAAGAAAAUGUUGAAACAUACUGUUUACGUUAUUCAAAGAUACAGCCUGCUCGAGGCACGACACUUCAUUUAUAAUGAAAAAAGCAAACUGGGUUCACAAGGUAACCUAUAUAGAAGUUACCCUACGAAAAUGAACUUUUUGAAGCCACUUGGGCUACGCACACUUUUUACGCUAAAAAUUGAUCUGAGGUUUCCUAGCCGUAGCCACUACCCAAACUAGACAGGAUUACACUCUUCACAAUCACAGCACAAAAAGGAAAUAUCAACAGCAAACCAAAUCGGUGUCAAUUGAAAAACGCCAAUGGCGAAAACGCAUUAAGCGAAACCAUAUAGGUAGUAAUGUAAGCUAAUUUACAACAUUUGAAUAAUCCCGCCCUUAUUUAGCCUCAAAUUUGAGACUUAAGAAGGACAACUGAUUAUCUCGGAGAAACGCAAGGUCAACUGCACUAUUGCUCCGGUUAGUGCAGUAAGGGCGUAAUACUGUGGAGGACGCCCUAAUUCUCCACAGGCUCCGUUUGUGGUUAGGUUUUUAUUAGACCCCCCCAACCAUUCAUUCCUUGGCACGGUAAGCAUAAAGCCGCAUAACACCAUGAAUUAGAGGUCACCUGUUUAGUGGACUCUUACCACUGGAUCAGGCGGUCCGUAGUGUUAUUCUUAGCCAAUUGAGACAACCGCUACCGACACUACACAGCUAUCUAGGCUGAUCGGGAAAAGAAGUUAACAUUGAUGGUUAACUUCCAAAUGAGCCCGAACAGCCAUUCAGUUCUGAAAAAGUGUGGUUUUUUAAUCUGUUUAGAAUAUCUGUUUUUACAUAGUUUUUUAUAGUUUUUUACAGUACUCCUCACCUAUUUUCUAAAAAAAAUACCUUUAAAAACGAAAGAAUAAUUCUGCAUUCGGAAAAUAUCUGUUGGUGAGUCUUUCGGUAUGUUUUUGUAGUCCUCCUUGAGAUAUCUCCGAGAUGAUACCUCCCAAAAAUCGGCAGAAAAAUAUUUGAUUUGUUUCAGGAGACCGUAAAAUAAACACUUUUUUAUUCAAAGAAAACCUUCUCCAGGACUUUUCCCAGAGAUAAAUCGACAAAGUCCUCCUAAAAUGACUCUACAUUUUUUUUCCUAGGAUCAACCCAAAGUCGAGAACAUGGCUGUGCUGUGUCAGGCGCAAUCGGAUCAACAUAUUUUCUCUCGUAUCCAAUUAGAUCUGAGGAAAGGAACGAUAUAACUUAUUGGCCCAGAAAAUGUUCGUAAGGUUCAAAUUUCUUGUUUAAGUUUUCCAAGGAUUUCGUUAGGAAAUUUCACAUCCUCGGACACCGCCGCGAAACAUGAAAAUUUAAAAAAAAAAUAUUUUUACUCUUGGCAGAAUGUUCUCCAGGAAUUUUAGCAUAUAUCCGAAAAAAACACCCGGCAAUUAUUUUCAUAGAAAUCUAUUCAGAAAAUCGUCCAAUAACUUGAACAAAAAUUAUUGCAAAUUGACUGAAUUUUUCAAAAUCAAUAAAAAAAUGUUUUGUUAUAAAUCAUUAGGUGUGUGAUUGUUUAUCAUUAGUUCUACUAUUGAAACAGGUAGUUAGUAGUUGGGUUAACUUUAUAAAAUCACAAUCAUAUUCUAAAAAUCAUUGCAUCAUAUUCAUCUAAUUCCGUUUGUCCCUAGUUCGUCGGAAACCGAUUGUACUCUUGUUGAGAACCACUGGAUUAGUCUCUCAUGCUCUCGCCGAUCUGCGUGCUCGCCGAUAGCAUUUCGUUAUGCCUCGGCCGAUGCACAAUCGCAGAUAAUAAAUUAGAAGAAUUGUAAUCGCCGUGUAGUGUAGUAACGUGUCGUCUAUUUAAUGUAUAUUUUAUAGUGUAAAUAAAGUUAUGUUUUAAUCUGUUAUUCGCUACGCCUGGGAGUUUAAUUAGGCAGUAAUGUCUCCCGGCCACCCCGAACUCCAGGACGUAACAGUGGCGACGAGAAAUCCGUGCGUGCAGUGAGGAAUCGCGACGCGUUAAGUUUUCCGCGGAGGAGAAGAUGGGCGACGGUGACACGAUGGACAUCGGGCGGAGUGAGCAAGCACAGCUCCAGCAUUCGGCUUCAAUGGCUGGACAGGAUCUGCACCAGCGUCAGGUGGAUCACUGGCAACACUCGCCGGUUCUGAGGUCAGUAUACCAGAACCAAUAUGCUCCAUUCCCAUCAGUGCCCGUGGAAAUCCGUUCUCAGCAGCAACACAAGUGCAUCAAUCAACCCUCGCAUCAAACCCCAGCUGGAGUCAAUGAAUGCCCCAUUGACUCGCUAUCAUAUGAUGAGCAGCCAGCGGUGCAAGCAACACCGACGCCAUCAUCGUCAGGUCGGUUUCCACUCGAUCGAGAGCAGUACCUCGAUGAGCAGUUUCGGCAGAUGCGAGAAGCCAGCGAUAAAUACUUUGAUAGUAUGAAUCGGCUGAUGGAGCUCCAAUAUCAAGCGUAUGUGGAGCGGAUGAAAACAUUCAACCAGCAGACUCAGUUGAUGUUUUCUCUAUGUUGGGCUGCUCGAGCACUGCAGCCAGCAUACGAGUCACCAGAGUCUUCCCCGAUCAGCACACAACAGCAGGAAACACAACACCAAGCACCGUUUCCAAAUGAUGCCGACUCUACGGCGGCGGUAAUAAAUGAAGAGCAACCGCGGCAGCCACGAGUGGAUCAGCUGUUUGUUCCCGUGUCGACGUUUCAUCGUGACGAACAACAGCAGCAGAAGCAAGCAAUUAAAAACCCUAUUGUCGUACCUGCACCACACGACGACAGUAGUGAUGAGGUUUUCGAACAUGCUCAGCAGAACGAGUGUGCGGCAGAGGUGUUCAAGUCGUCCGUUGUUGGAUCACUUCGAGAAGAAAUAAUUAUCUCCGAUAAGCGACUACCGAUGUGCGGGAAAUGUACUGUGUCCAGUCUUUUUCGUCAGUCGGAUCCAAAAUUCGUGCAAUACUUUUUGGAUCGACAUGGGCAUCGGAUGGAUUUGGCACGUGGACGUGCCUCAGUGUUCAGCGACGUCUUCGAGUGGAUGAUAAACCAACGUGAAAUCAGGAUCAAGCUCCGGUCUUCGGUACACCAGUGUCUGUUAACCUGAUCACCGGCAACGCUAGUAACAAUGUCCACCAUCAUCGCUCUUCCUGCGCCAGAAGACCGCUGUAAUGGUUUACCGUCAUCCGUUUAGAGGGGGAGAUGUUGAGAACCACUGGAUUAGUCUCUCAUGCUCUCGCCGAUCUGCGUGCUCGCCGAUAGCAUUUCGUUAUGCCUCGGCCGAUGCACAAUCGCAGAUAAUAAAUUAGAAGAAUUGUAAUCGCCGUGUAGUGUAGUAACGUGUCGUCUAUUUAAUGUAUAUUUUAUAGUGUAAAUAAAGUUAUGUUUUAAUCUGUUAUUCGCUACGCCUGGGAGUUUAAUUAGGCAGUAAUGUCUCCCGGCCACCCCGAACUCCAGGACGUAACAACUCUAGAGCAACCAUGGGAAGUAUAGAGUUUAUGUUGAUCAACAUAUCUAUUGACGUUCAUCAGCCUCAUGAUCAUUUGUACCCAUCUAGUCGUGCACACUUUGUACUAGAAAAUUGAAUAUACAUGCAAUUUUGUACAAUUUAUGAAACGAGUGAAAGUUUUUUUUCAUGAAAAUGUUCAUUAUGCGAUACUCCAGGGUUUUCUGAAUCAAGUUUGUCUAACAAUUUUAAAUAAUUUAUUUUUGUGCCAAAAGUCACUAUUUAGUCACUUUUUUGCUAUCUGUAAGUCACUAUUUGGUCACUAUUUUCGAGAACUUGGUCACUAAAUUAACUAUUCUGACCAUCACAUGUUGCUACCAGCCCUGAUAUUGUCAGGCAAGUACAAUGAUACACUAUGCCCAGGGAGUCGAGAAAAUGUUCCCGACCGGAACGCUAAUCGAAACCCACCGUCUCUGGAUUGGCGAACCCAAGCCUUAACCACUAAGCUAACUGAACUAGAGGAAAAUAUCAAGACUAAUAUUUUAUUUGGUUGAUCUUACGCCACAACGUACCAUUAUUCUAAGGUGAUCUACCCACGUUACGGGUUGAUUCACCUUGAUCAGAUUGUGGAUAUGUGGCGAAAUCUUAAGAGUUGUUCAGAACUCGGUAAAUCCCAUAAAAAGUUUCUUUAUAAUAGUUCCUCAAGCUAUAUUUAUCCAGCAUCCAUAGUUAUAGGACUGAUACCUUGAACGCCAACAUCCUAUUAUAAUAUAAUACAUUUCAAGUGAAUAUCUUGAAAAUUACACAUCAUAAUUGCAUACUGUCUUCGAAGAAGUUGUUGACUUCUGUUCUACACAUAAUUGUGAGAAGUAUUUCCCAAAAUACUUUUUUUUAUGAUCUUUAUUGGUAUCUCAUUCAAUUAUUACAUUCAUAGACACUAAACUAUUUAGGUGUUCUGUGUAUUAUUACACAUUAUCAUCACAAUUUAUGAUUUAUCCUAAAUAAAUUAAAUUUCCAAAAACACUCAUUUUGCCUUUUGGAAAAAUGUUUGAGCGUUUUUGUUUUUGCGGUUUCCAAACCGAUACAGCCUUAUGCAGUUAAUCUCGAGAAUCCGAUAUGAAUUAGUUCCAGGAUUUCUCCUGGAUAAUUAAUUUCUAAAUUUCACCGAGAAUUCUUUAAUUAGGAUCUCUUCAAGUAUUUUUCUGAGGGGUCGCCCCGGUAUUCGCAAAACGAUUCUCCCCGAGAUUUUUUUCAGAAAUUCCUCAAAAAUUCUUUCAGAUAUUUCUUCCGGGAUUCUCAAAGAGAUUCCACCCAGGAUUUCUACAUUGAUUUCACAAGGAAAACAACGGAUUUCUUCCGCGAUUUUAGAAAAAAAUGUGUCAUGGGUCCUCUUCAUCCCGGGAUGUCCUCAUUGAUUUCUUCCGGGAUCCUAUCAGGGUUUUCUCAGGAAUUCUUUCAAGGAUUCCUUCUGGAUUGUACUUGGAAUUUCUUUAGGAUUUCACCAGGGACUUCUCCAAUAUUAUUUGUUGGGUUUUCUUUUCGGAUUCCAUCACUGAUACCUCCCAGGAUUUCCUUUGUUUAUUGUUCCCGACUUUCCAUUCAGGGAUUCUUUCAAGGACACUUCUCGGGAUUUCUUUAGAGAUUUUUUCCGGAAUUUCAGACACUCGUUAAGUUAUUCAUCUCGAGAAAUUUUGAGGGAUUCCUUUGGAAGUUCCUCCUGGAUUUUUGCUGGGAUUUUUUUAAGGUAUGAUUUCGAAAAAAGUCCGAGUCUUCGUCAAAGUUUUCUUCAGAAUAUAGAUCAUUGAUUCCUUCCUGGGUUGUUCCCGAGAUUCCUACCGGGAUUACUUCAUGAACUUCUGCCGAGAUUAUUUUAUGGAUUUCUUCCGGAAUUUUUUCCUAGAUUUCUCCAGCGAUUUCCUCCGAAAUUCCUUAACGGAUGUUUCCGGGAUUCCUUGUUUGAUCCUUCCUUGGUGUUUAAUGAAUUUCUCCUGGGAUUCUUUCAUGGAUUCCUACAAAGCUCUGCUAAUGAUUCCUCCACGAAUUCCUUCCGGGAUUUCUUCAGGGAUUCCUUCCGUAUUUUUUCACGGAUUCUGCCUGAGUUUCUCUCGGACUUCCUUCAGAGAUUUAUCCUGAGAUUUCUUUAGGAAUUCCUCAUUAGAUUUCUUCAUUUUUUUCGGGUAUUUCUCCCGAAUAGCAUUUAGGGAGUCCUUGAAUUUUUUUUUUUUUGUUUAUAUUUAUGUGUAUUUUAACUUAUAGCUAAUUCUACACUUAAGGGAGUCCUUGAAGAAUUUCUCCUUCGGAAAAUCCUUCCAAGAUUCUUCUGUUGAUUUCUCCAGGAUUUUUUUUUCGGGAAUCCUUUAGGGUUUCGUUCAUGACUUAUGUGAAGGAUUCUUUCAGAUUUUUCAAUUAAUUCCUUCCGAGAUUACUGUAGGGAUUUCUCAAGGUAUUUUGGCAUUUUGGAUUCAUCCAGGGUUCUUCCUGGAUUGUCUAUCGGGAUUUCUUAAGGAAUGUUUCCCUGAAGAGUCUUUACGGAAUUUCUUUAGGGAUUUGAACCGGGAUUCUUUCGGCUUUCUUUCAGGUAUUCCGCCAGAGAUUCAUUAAGGGAUUCCAUCGGCGAUUUCUCCCGAUAUUCUUUCAGAGAAUUUCUUAGAGAUUAUUUUAUGAUUUCUCCGGGAAACGAUUUCGGGAAUCUUAAGCGGUGAUCUAUCGAUAAUUCUUUCAACGUGGUGCGAUAUUUGGUUCUUAAGAUUUGUACUUUAGAAAAUUCAAGGCCCACGUUUUACAUUCAACUUUAUGGCCAUUUUUUGGUAAAUUACGUUGAACAAAAUAAGUAACUGCAAAGAUGUGAUUUCAAGUAGUUGUAAGUGUUGAAUGCGAAGUAAAACUUUACAAAACCAACAAAACCUUUUCGUGAAAACCAAGACCAUCCCCAGGACCAUCCCCAGGAGUUCCUUCAAGAUCAUCCAAAAAGUUCUUCAGAAGCUUAUCUUGUUCCUCCAGAAGCAUCAACACGCCUAGAAAAUUCCUUGUGAACUCUGGUAUGAUUCCGUAAGUAAAUUCCUCCAGAAUAUCCUCUAUAAUUGAUUGAUUUAGCUUUAUGAAAGAGAGUUUCAGCCCUUGGCUGGUUCGUCUCUAUCUUCUAUGAAUUGAAAUAUUACCUAGACACUAUAAUAUUUUAUUUAGUCCUCCUAGUGCAUUAGGGUCAUUUUUGACCCAGACCGUCAGCGAGUUGUUUCCAACGUGAAGCAUUAGGAAGGUUAAGAAUCCAGUAAUAACUACUAAAUCCAGUAAUAAUUAGAACUAUUCUACUGGACCCUGGAGCAACAGGGUCCAAAAGGCCUAUCUAAAUUUCUGCACAAAUCGAUCAAGUAUUCAUCAUCAUUCAUUAUUCUGUCAGUGUAGAACCCUAUUCCUCAAAUAAAAUCUUCAGGGUCACACCAGCAGAAAUCUCAGGUGUUUUUCCAUUAUUUCCAUUUCCUUCCGAACUUCCUUCGUGCAUUGUUUGGCGCUGGUCCUUACCUUUUCUUCCCGAGUGGACUGUAUUCCUUUGUGUAGUUCCCGGAACCUAAGAACUCUAAAGAGGCAAAAUUUGAGCAUUUGGGAUAUCCGUUUUAGAUCAAAUUUCAGGGUUUCUCUGGUUCUUGUAUUAGCAAAGUAUCUAUCACAUGUCUUGGUUUGCUUGGAUCGCUUCUACGUGAUGAUGCAGUCCUAUACUCAAACAAGUAUUUUUGCGAGAUUUUCUGUAAGAAUUGGUCAGAAGUUGCUUUAGGCAUCCCUUUUAGGAAUGGUUCCGGGUCAUUUGACCAAACGCCAUUUGGCCGAAAGGGUAACUUAACUGAUCAUGCCACUGUUUUCUAUAUCAGUGUCAGUCGAAAGAACAGCCUAUGAUUCAAAGAAGGAAAAAUCUCUGCUAAAAAUAUUCACAGUUUCAACGCCAGUAAAUCCCUACUAGAAAGAAUAGCCUAUGAUAAAAAGAAGGAAAUAUCUCGACACCAACAUUUCAAAAGAGCGUAACUGCUUUUGCAACCAAUGCCUUCUCACAGAGCUGUGGGUCGUAUUUCAUUCAUCUCACGUAAUUCACAUCCAUUAAUCGAAAGAGGAGGAUUUUAUCUUUCUAUUUGUGCUAGUGGAUUGCUCGAGAGGGAUGGGAUACGCUCCACAGCUUUGUGAGAAGGCAUUGGUUGUAAAUGCAGCUACGCCCUUUUGAAAUGUUGGUGCCGAUUUCUGAUGGUCAUAUUGGCAGCUAGAAUGUCUCCAGAGUUAGCUUCCGUAACAAAUUCUUUUGAUCAGGAUUUCGCCAAACGGCAUUCGGCCAAACCUUUAGGAAUUCCUGUUGGAACAGCCAAAAAUUCUUGCUGGAUCGUUCAAGAAUUUAACAUGUUUUUUUUUUUUUGUUUUCUAUAAAUGUCUCCAAGAAAUUCUCUAGAACUCUAUGGAGCUAUUUCUAUAGAAAUGUUGGCUGUCAGGAGUUCUGCUAAUAAUUCUUCCAGGAAUUCUCCCGGCUAUUCCUCUGGCAAUUUUUCCUGAAGUUCUUCCAGGAAUUCCUGCAGAAAUUCUUUUAGGAGCCAGUCUUCAAUAAACUCCUGAAUACAAACACUUAGAAGAAUUAGUUUUGGAAUCAGUUGAGGGAUUGUUAAAAUUCCGUAAAGAAUUACACAACAUGGAAAUACAAUGCAUUCCAUCAAUUGCACCAUGCAUGCAUACUACAGGUCGGACUCGAUUAUCCGGAGUCGGGUUUUGGAACUUCCCAAAAUAAUACAUAUCUUGCAAACGGAAUGCUGUAAGAAGCUGACAUUUUGACUGACACAAUGUCAAAAUUUCAGAGUUAUAGAUAAUUCCAUUCUCCAGAUAUACAUUUGAGAAGCAUUCGAACCCGACUCCGGAUAAUCGAGUCCGACCUGUAUAGUGGAAUCGACGAAACGACAUUAUCAGCAUUACACUGACUGCUACGCAAGAACCAUGGUUGAUCAUUUAUGUCGACUCGCUCGAGAAAGUACUGCAAGGUCCGAUAACCUGUUGUGUAGUUCAGAACUGCUGUCAAUUUUGCGGUAUGCUGCAAAAUGAAAAUGAAAAAAAUAAAAAGAUGAUGAUGAUUGUGUAUCUACCAUCAACGUAUGUCAUGCCUAAACGGUAUGAUCUACCUACGUGAUGUUUUGUCGUAGUAGGGUAAGCUAAAUUCACUGGAGACCUUCGGAAACAACAUGAUGGUUGUUUUAUUGUGAUAAAAGCCUGGCUACCCCACGGAAACGAGUUAAUUUAGCAUACUUAGGCUAACCGAAUCACAGCUUGGUUUAUAUACAUGUAAACAUGACAUAAAAAUUAGGCUAGUUCUAAAACGAAGUUUAUAUUGAUUUUUUGAAAGUUUCUCUCAGAACCCAGAGCUUUUGUCCCAUCAAUCCCUUAUUGCAAUCUUACUCCUUUUUAUACUAGUACACCCCGUUAACUACACUUCCUGACCCACGCUUCACUUC